AUGACGCCUCCAGGCUCAAUCCGGUUAAUUGGCCAAAAGGGCAACAUCAUCUCGUACCCGAAACCAACAGACGACUACGAUGAUCCCCUCAACUGGUCCCUCCGCCGCAAGGCCCUCCAUCUCGGCGUCAUCCUCGUCUACGUCGGCGUCACCUUUGCCUGGGUGGACCUGACGCUCAUCCGCAACCGGUACCUGGCGGCAGACCUCGCCAUGGACGCGCCGCAGCUGGCCGUGUCGACGUCGUUUCGGUACAUUGGCAUGGCGCUGGCGGCGAUCCUCUUCAUCCCGCUCGGGUACAAGUACGGGCGGCGGCCGGCAUACCUGGCCUCGACGCUGCUGCAGCUCGCGGCGGCCGUGUGGAUGGCGCUCGUGCGGCACCCGUGGGAGUACCGCGCGGCCAACUGCCUCGCGGGGGCGGGCGCCGUCGUCGCGCAGGCGCUCGUGCCCAUGACCAUUACCGACCUCUUCUUCGUGCACCAGUUCGCGACCGUGUACGGGCUGGUCGUGUUCGCGCAGGGGGUCGGGUGCUUCAUCGGCCCCAUCCUCGUGUCCGAGAUUGGCUCGCACCACGGCCGCGACUGGCGCUGGUCGCCCUGGGCCAUGGCCGUCGCCUUUGGCGUCACCGCCCUGCUCGUCCUCGUCGCCGCCGAGGAGUCCACCUUUGUCCCCAACAUUGACGCCCGCCUCGCCGCCAAGCAGCAGGAGGAGGAGGACGCCCGCGCCCCCAGCACCUUUUACAACCGCCGCGUCUCGUACGGCGCCAGCACCGACGACGGGAGUAUCGCCGACGAGCUCGAGCUGCUCGACCUCGUCAACGUCAACCGCCAGGCCGGCCGCAGCGUCUAUCUCGACCUGCCGCCCGGGCCGCGACCGCUCCGGAAGCGCUUCGCGUUUGUCACGCCGACAGGCCGGCCAAUUCGCCGCCGCUUCCUGUCCGCGUUUGUCAUUCUCGGCACCUUCCCCGGCGUCAUCUACGCCGCGCUGACGUACGGCUUUCUCAUGGCCUGGCUGUCUCUGUUCAGCCUGGUGGUACAGACGCAGAUGACGCAGCCGCCGUACAACCUCGACCGACGCGGGCUCGCACUGCUCGAUCUCGGCCCGCUGCUGGGUCACUUCCUCGGCAGUCUGGUCGUGCCGCCGCUCAGCGACUACUGGGUCGUGUCAAAGGCACGUCGCAGCGGUGGUAUGUACGAGCCCGAGAUGCGGCUGUGGUUUGCCCUGCUUGGUGGUGUCUUUGUUGCCGCAGGAAUCCUGAUAUUUGGACUAGGCAUCGGCGAGGAAACAAGCCUGACGUACAUCACGGACUGCUAUCACAAUAUGAUUGGAGAUGCCAUGGUUGGCAUCGUCUUCUUCCGCAACAUUUUGGCCGUCAUUCUAUGGAUCGGUAUCAUGCCGCGCGUGGGCGCGAACGGCAUCAACUGCGUCUUCGUCUUUACAUCUAUCGCGACCUCGGUCGUUCUGCUCAUUCCCAUCCCCCUCCUCAUCUGGGGUCGCCGAGGCCGCAUGCUCACGGCCUCCAAGUAUCAAGAAUACUCGCUUGCAGCCACGCCUCCGGCCACACUGAAGAAGAUUAUGGGGAACCGUUGA